AUUUAAAUUAAUAUCUUUAUUUUAUUUUAAAUCUUUCACUUAAUGUUUGUUACUAUACGUGUUUUAUUUUUUAUGUUUCAGAUAAGUUAAAGUUAAUAUUUAUAAAUUAUUGUUAAUUUUAUAACUAUAAUGUUCUAAAUUUGUGGUUUUUGAUAUUUUUAGGUAUUAUACGUAUAAUAGGACCUUUAGAUGCUUUCUCCAUGCUUGUCUUCGAUCUGGACUCAAAUAUUGGAUCUUUCAUGAAAAAUAGUUCAGAUACUAUUACUCAAACAAUAGUGUCAUCCUGAAGUUAGCUUGUAUUGGAAGCUUGGUGACGUACUCUUUUGUUGGAAUGGAGAAGUUUGAUUCUAUAGCCUUCAGUUGAUUCCAUCCUACUCUUUUGUUUGUGGAUUUGCUGCUGCAAUUCUUAUUAUAUCUAAUUUCAUGGUUCAAUCAAAAUUAAUUGGUAAACCAUAUUUAUGUAUGUUUUCUUUCAUUUUCAGCUUACUAUCGAGGAGCCAAGGGAAUUCUGCUAGUAUAUGAUAUAUUAGGAAUUGGAUUCGCAACAUCGAACAGCAUGCUUCAGAUAAUGUCAACAAGAUCCUGGUAGGAAACAAGGCUGAUAUGGAUGAAAGUAGAAGGGAUGUGCCCACCGCUAAGGGCCAAGCACUUGCUGAUGAGUAUGGGAUCAAGUUCUUCGAAACUGUAAGUGCUGUACAGCUUGUGAAAAUCUGAUAUGCAAAUUUUGAGUUUAUGUAUUGUGUACUGAGAGUCUAAAUUGUACAUAUAUUGCAAAGUGCCGAAACGAAUUUAAAUGUUGAACAAGUUUUCUUUUCAAUAGCAAGAGAUAUAAAACAAAGGCUCGCUGAUACUGACAACAAAGCUGAGGUACAUUUCGAAAGUUUUGUUUCUGCUCCUGUUUGUGGAGCACAUAUCUUAAUACACAUUUGGGGUGCUGGGGCUAGUAGUUUAGCUGUACAAAAAUCAGCAUGCUGUGGUUCUUAAGCUGACUAAAAUUAUUUAGAAAGUGGGGGGAUGCAUUAUUAUUGCAUUAUGCUUUGGAAAUGAGAAAGAGGAAAGAAAACUAAUUGUAUGACAAUAUGGUGGAUGCUUGUAGUCUAAUUGUCAUUCUUUUGAACUUGUUCGUGUGAGAUAAUUCUUAUUGUUUGAAAAAAUUGUGUCAAAUGUGGCUUUUUUUUAAAAAAAAAUAAAAAAAAUUAACUAUCUUAUUUGUUUUUUAUUUUAUUUUGUCAUGAACAACUAUUUUUUAUAGAAAUUUUUACAUGAAAAAUCCUUUUUAGACACUUUAUUACAAAAUUACCCUCACACGUCUAUUACUACAUUUCUACUUACAAAAUUAUUUUUAUUACACAUUUACCACUUACUCAUCAUACCAUGCAUACACGUGUGCUCUCCCCAUGCAUCAUCAAUCAAAUCAUACUCUCUUCCCUCUCUUUUUUCAUUUUGUUUUCAUUUCAUUUUCGAUUCUUCAUUUCUGUUCUCUAAGUUCAUUUUGAAUUCAAGUAACCUCCAUUAACCACCCAUAAUUUAUCACGUUUUUCCCUCUUCUUUUUGGUUCAUCCACGAAUUUUCAACUUCCUCUUAGCCCACGAUUUAGCAACUGUUUUUCCCUCUCUGUUUCAGUUUUUUUCAAUCUUAUUUAUAGGAUGGCAAUCACUCGUUCAUCUUCAUCCCCUUCUCCAGUUCUCAAACAGAAAUCAAAAAUGGGCAAGAAAUCUUUGGCCAACAAAUCCAAGGGUAAACGCCCAAUCAUUGAUGAUUUUGAUUCUGAUUUUGAAGCUCCAAUGCCGAAGCGUGUGAGACCCCAUUCUUCGAAGAAAACGAAGCUGAACUUGGAGGAGCACACGCUUCCAGAAAUUUCUGGGAAAAAAUUUCAAAAAUCUAUUACACAUGCUGAAGAUCGGACUGAGGUUGGUUUUUAGUUUUAUUUUCGUUUCCCCCUUUCUUCCAUUUAUGCUUUACCCAGAUUUUGGCGUUUUCAUGUUCAUUAUGCUUUGUGUAAUUUUAGGGUUUCAUUUGCGCAUUUUGUUUCAUGUUUUUAAAUUUUUUAUUUAUUUAUUGUUGCUUUUGAUCAUUUCAUUUGAUUCUGGUCUGGGUGUUGUUCUUUAAUUUGGUUUUGUUUUCUUUAUUUUCAGUGUUUUUUUGUGCUUACAGGUUAUGUGUUUUGUUUUUCGUUUUUGGUGUUUUCAAUCAGUCGUCGGUAGUUUCUUUUCAGUUUUUUAAUAGUUUGUUACUGGUAUGUUUUGAUGUGUUUUCGAUUUUCAUUAGGUUUAGUUGUUUGCUGUUAUAUUUUAGAUUUCAAAACGAUUUUCAAAUCUUUGCUCUAUAUUUUUCUAUAGUUGUAUAUGUUUUUUAGUUUGUUUGUUGUUUUAAUAUAGUUUUAUUGUUCUUUUUAUACUGCAUUUUUCGAUUUCUUUUAGGGUUAGUUGUUUACUGUUUUUUUUAUGUUUCCAAACGAUUUCAGGUCUUUACUGUUAUUUUCUGUGUAGUUGUUUGCUAUUGAUAGUUUAUUUUUAGUUUGUUUGUAGUUGUAUUACAGUUUUCAUACUGUUUUAUUCAGGAUUUAUAAUUUAUUUUGGCCCUUUUCGUUAUGUUGCAGGUUUGGGACUGUAAAUUUAGUCCUUCUGAUUUUUACAGAUCUAAGUGUGUAUGCACCAGUGUUUAUUCUGUGAUAGAUAAUAUUAAAAACACUUUAUCUGUUAAUUUGCUUUCUUUGUUUCGUCAAACUCAGUUUGGGCAUUUUCUGGAUAUGCCUGAGUUUGUUUUUCAUCCGCAAGUCGUACAUAGUUUAUUACUAAGGGAAGUUUUACAGCCUAAUCCUAAGGAGUUUUGGGCUAAGGUUGCUGGUCGUUGCAUACGGUUUAGUGCCGAAGAAUUUUACCUGAUUUCUGGUUUAGAUUGUUUCGGUGAUUGCAACAAGUUGUUGUUUUCACAGGAAACAAAUCAAUUGGUAGAAACAUGUUUCCGCGGUGUAAAAACUAUUGACAACAAAGCCAUCGAGGAUGCUUUUUUGGGUAGUCGGUGGGGUUUGGAUGAGUCUAUUGGUUUGAAAAUGGCUGUUUUGUAUUUCAUUCAGUGUUUUCUUCUUAGCAAUACUCCUGACAAAGAAGUGUCUAGGUUUGUUCUAGAUGUAGUUGAUAGCGGUCGGUGGGAUGAGUAUUGUUGGGGUAGGGAAUCAUUUGAAUUGACAAUUGACUCAUUCAAAGGUAGGAUCGAGCAUGGGAUCAUUAUGAAAAAUAGAAAGGCAGAGAAGGGAGGUCAAUAUGAUGGCUGGUAUAGGGCAUUGGGAUGUCCUUGGGUUUUCACUGUUUGGUUUUAUGAAUGUUGUCCUGCAAUGGUGAACUCUUUCUGUAAGAGAGUUUCAUCUUCUAUUCCCAGGAUUCUGAACUGGAGCAACACCAUCGUCACCAAAAAUCCAACCCUUCGAGACUUGAAGGGCAAGAUUUUUGAUUUACCUUUGGAGAAGUUGAAGAUAAAAAACAUGCGUCCUACUGAUGAAGAGAGGCAGCAGCUUCAACUUGACGGUCUAUUUCUCGAUGAAUCUAUUGAUGAACGUGGUGUAGCGAAGCAAUCCUUCGAGGGUGGGUCAUCUUCAAAGAAGUCUGAUUCAGCAGAUAUUGAUUGGAUGAAAUCUAAGCUGGAGAUGCUCAUUUCGAAUCAAUCAUCAUUGGCCGAGGACUUCAUUUCAUUGAGGUGUUUUGUUGAUUUUAAUUUCAAAUCCGUAAUGACUGUAAUUAAGGAUAUCCAAGAGAAGGUUAAUGUCAUUCAUCGUCGUCCUUCUGACGAGGUAUUUAUUCUUAUUUUAUUGUUUAGGUUUUUUUAUAUUUUUUUUUGUAUAGUUUCUUUACUGUUUUAUUUAAGUUUCAUUUAUGUUGGUUGA